AUGGUUGCUUUCUCGAGGUUCUGCGCUGCGCUGACGCUGCUCGGGCACGGCAUCACAGCUAGUCGAGUGCUCACGAAACGCAACGAUACAGAAAGCUAUGCGACAAAUCUGCUGCACGAGUCUAUGGACUGGCUGGACAUGUACUACGACAACGAGAGAGGCUAUCUGUUCAGUCUUGAUUCUGCGGCCUUGGUCCAUGAGACAAGAUCGAGUGCGUGGUACGCAGCAGGUUUGUUGGCGAGGAAUGAGGCCGACGAUGCUGAGCAAGCUGUGCGCAUCGUGACCAAUAUCAUUGGGGGGCAGUUUAAGAAUAAGAGUCUGCAGUGGUUUGGCGACUACCAAAUUUACCCUGAAGAGCCUACCGUGGGAACUGAACAGUACGAGCCCAAGAUCUACAACUCGUGGGAUCCGAAUUGGCGUGGUUUCGUCGGCACGACAUUCGUGCUGAUGCUCGAAGAGUUCCCACACCUCAUACCGCAGGACACGCAAGAAUACAUGAUCCAGAGCCUGUUCAACACCACCAUUGGGGAUAGCUACCGCGUGGGUGGUGUCGACGACGAUAACCUGUACCCAGCAUACAGCAACCCUUCCAUUAUGAGAGCCUUUGUUUCAGGCUGGGUCGGCCGCCGAGUCAACGACUCGAACAUGACGACCGCAGGAGAGGCAUACGCACAAGAGGUCGUUGACCUAUUCAAACGGGACAACACUCUCUCCGAAUUCAACUCUGGCACCUACGCCGGCGUUUCCCUGUUCGCGCUUACACUCUGGGCGAAGUACCUACCACAAGACAGCGUGAUGGGUCAGUAUGGCGGCGAGAUGAUCAAAUACACGUGGGCUUCGCUCGGACAACUGUACAACGCCAAUCUCAAAAAUGUUGCUGGACCAUGGGAUCGCAGCUACGGAUAUGACAUGAAUCGAUACCUCAGUAUUCUCGCGCUGCAAAUGUGGACGCUGGUUGGCAAAGAGAAUGCGCCUAUCAAUGCAAAGCCGUACGCCAUGGGUCACAAGGAUGACUUUGCUAUCUCUCCACUCAUCGCAAUUCUUGCACCCUUCCACAACACCCUGGUCUCCAACACCACGCUCUCCACACUCACGACCUUCCCUGGCACGCAUGCAGUCAACACCUCCGCCUUCUCGCCACCCUUUGACACCUACCCACGCAACAUCACCGCAUGGAUGAGUGCCAACUUAACCAUCGGCGCCGAAUCCUUCAGCGAGAACGUCAUCGGCGGCCCAGCAAAGAACCCAAACUCCUUCAACCCUGCAGUCGUACAAUGGGGCAGAAAAGACGGAUCUGUCGGCUGGCUGAGUCUGUACGCACAGGUCUACGCUCUCGAUGCAUCCAACGGUCCCAACUACCUCGAUCUCUCCUACCCCCAGGGUAACUCGAGCAGCGGCUUUUCAUUCCUCGUUGGAACAAAUGGCUGGAGCGGUAAGAGGGAUGUCAAGUCGUGGGCAGAUGUUGAGGGUAUCAGUGUGAAUGUUACGGGCUCGGUGGAUCAGAACUACACGGUUACCUUUAAUGGUGCGGUUGGUGGUGCUGGGCAGACGGUGAAUGAGUUUGAGUUCUGGAACUUUACGUAUUUGAUGCCCGGGGGGAGUCGGGAUGUGCCGAGGGUGAGGCUGGAGUUUGAACUCCAGUGA